AAUCAAGUCAAGUAUUCAAGUGAAACUCAUAAACUGCAAGCAAAAACAAAACUGCUAUCGGUUCUAUCUGCCUGCGUCGUUGCGAUGGAGCAAACCCUAACCCUAACCCCAGAACCAGAGGCAGAGCGUGAAGUGAUGCGUGACUCAGCCAAUUCCGAUUCCGAUUCCGAUUCGGAAGACGAAGCUCAGCAGAAUCUUCAACUAGAAGCCCUCGAGACUGAGCUUGCUGCCAACCCCUCCAACUACGAUUCUCAUUUGCAGUAUAUAAAGCUUCUGAGGGGAAUGGGUGAUGUUGAUAAACUCAGAAGAGCAAGGGAAUCUAUGAGUGAAAUGUUUCCAUUGACCCCUGCAAUGUGGCAAGAAUGGAUCAAAGAUGAGAUUUCACUCAACACUGCUUCUGGACCCGAGGCGUUCUCAGAAAUUCUUAAGCUUUACGAACGCGGAGUGUUUGAUUAUCUGUCCGUCUCUCUUUGGUGCGAUUACAUUAAUUUUGUUCAAGAGUUCGACCCAAUGGUACGCCAAUGUUCACCUACUGGUAUUUCCAAGUCAAGGGAUCUGUUUGAAAGUGCCCUUACUGCUGCUGGUUUGCAUGUUGCCCAAGGCAGUAAAAUAUGGGAAGCAUACAGGCAAUAUGAGCUGGCUAUACUUCUAACCAUUGAAGAAACUGAUACACAGGCAAAAGAAAAGCAAAUUCAGCGCAUUCGAAGUUUAUUCCAUCGUCAGUUGUCUGUUCCCCAUGCUGGUAUGAAUUCAACACUAGUGGCCUAUAAGACCUGGGAGGUGGAACAAGGGAAUCUCCAUGAUGUUGAAUCCAAUGACCUGGUUGAUAAAUAUCCUCACGUUGCGUCGGCAUACCAGAAGGCCUUGGAGAUGUAUAAUGCCCGUGUUCAUCUUGAAGAACAGGUUUCUAAUCCAGAUAUUUCUGAUUCAGAAAGACUACAACACUACAUGAACUACUUGAAAUUUGAGCAAUCUUCUGGAAUGCCAGCCAGAGUCCAAGUUCUAUAUGAGCGAUCUAUCGCCGAUUUUCCUAUAUCACCAGAUCUCUGGUUGGAUUAUACUUGCUAUUUAGACAAAACUUUGAAGGCUGGUAAUAUUGUCAGUAACGUUUACUCUAGGGCCACUAAGAAUUGCUCUUGGGUUGGACAACUUUGGGGUCAGUACAUGCUUUCCUUGGAACGUGUUCAUGCUUCUGAGGAAGACUUGGCUAAAAUCUUUGAGAAGUCCCUACAAUAUACCUUUUCCACUCUUGAUGAGUAUCUUGAUUUGUUUCUCACACGGGUAGAUGGCUUAAGGCGAAGAAUGGAAUCCACCAUCGAAGAGAACCUGUUGGAAUAUAAAAUAAUAAGGGAGACCUUCCAGCGUGCAUCAGAUUACCUGUCGCCAUACUUGAAGAAUACAGAGGGUUUGUUACACUUGCAUGCUUAUUGGGCCCAUUUGGAAAUAAAACUGGGAAAGGAUAUAACAGCAGCUCGUGGAGUUUGGGAAAAUUUUCUUAAGAACUGUGGCUCAAUGUUGGAGGCAUGGAAUGGAUAUAUAUCAAUGGAAGUUAAAUUAGGUCACAUAAAUGAAGCAAGAUCCAUAUACAAGAGAUGCUAUAGUAAAAGGUUUUCUGGGACUGGUUCAGAGGACAUAUGCCACUCAUGGAUACGCUUUGAGAGGGAGAAUGGCAAAUUGGAAGACUUCGAUCUUGCUUUACGAAAGGUUACCCCUCGUCUGGAAGAGCUACGAUUAUUUAGGAUUCAGGAGGAGUCCAAGUCAGCUGAGGAAAGUGAAAAGAAUCCAAGGAGAAAUGCUCGUGAUAAAAGAAAGUCGGGGCCAGAUAUAACGGAUGAACAGUCUCCACCAAAGCGACAGAGAGAUGCUGGUAGAAUCUCAAAGAGAUCACCUGAUGAGAAUAAAUACCAAGCGCAAAACUCUUCUCAUGUGUCAAAAGUGGAGGGGGUCCACACGAGGAACAACAAAUCUGAGGAUAACCUAAGUGAGCAACAGCUUACCCUAGGCAAAAAAAGGGCAUAUUCUGACCAGUGUACUGCUUUUCUAUCAAAUCUUCACUUUCAGGCAAAUGAUGAACAUAUUCGAAAUUUCUUUCGUGAUGUUGGUGGAAUUGCUGCCAUUCGCAUCCUACAUGACAAGUUCACUGGAAAGUCAAGGGGACUAGCAUAUGUGGACUUUUUGGAUGAUGAGCACCUAGCAGCAGCAGUAGCUAAGAACAAAAACAUAUUACUUGGGAAGAAGCUAAGCAUUGCUCGUUCUGACCCGAGGCGAGGUGGAAAGAAAACUUCUGAUGCAGAAACCUCCAAAGAACAUGCACAUGCCAGUAAUCGACCCGGUCGAAAACGUUCAGUAUCCAUAGAAACUGAUGAUACUUCCAAGGAAGAUGUAAACGAAGCGAAGCUGUCUUCUAGAAAUGUUAAAGGAAGUGAUGACGUCCAGCUUAAAGGGAAGAAUACUUUUGCCGCGCCUAGAAAUGUUAGACCACGUGGUUUUGAUGCAAAUAAAUCGAAAUUGGAGGAAGAGGGGGAAGAAAAGCCAAAAUCCAAUGAAGAAUUCAGAAAGAUGAUCAUCCACUAAGGGUUCAGCGCCCCGAAUUUGUAUUGCCCUAAAAAUUGUUGUUUCCUCUCUCACUCUCUUUCUCCCUAGCGGUGUCUUGAUGUAUGACACUUUGUUCUGUUGCAGAUUAAUCAGAGUAGUCCUAGAUUUACCUAAGGGUUUGUGUCUCACCAUCAUCUACAAUUCAAUCAGUGUUGUCAAGUAGCAGAUAUUGUGGCGCUAUAACGCGCUAUUAAGGCCCAUUGUUAUCUGCUAUUUUCUGCUAUGAGGGCUUGAAAUAGCGGAAUUUUGGUUUCUGCUAUUUUCUGCAAUUAACAACAUUGAAUUCAAUGAUGGGUUAUAGUUGAGUAGUUGACACACCAUGCCUAACUAAGUAUUGACUUGAUUGGAGCUUAAAUUGAUAAUUUUUAUUUUCCUCCUC